AUGCUCGAGGCAAAUGAGGAUGCCCAUGGCGACGGCGAGCAGUGCGACAAGGUUCAGAGUUCGGACGUGAUGAGUUUCUUCAGUGAAUAUGGAGAUGCAAGCAGAUACAAGAUUGAGGAAAUCAUCGGCAAAGGGAGUUAUGGGGUGGUAUGUUCAGCCAUCGACCGGCAGACCGGCGACAGGGUGGCCAUAAAGAAGGUGUCCAACAUCUUCGAGCACAUAACCGACGCCGCUCGGAUGCUCCGCGAGAUCAAGCUUCUCCGGCUUCUCAGGCACCCCGACAUCGUCCAGAUCAAGCACAUAAUGCUGCCUCCCUCCAGGAGGGACUACAAGGACAUAUUUGUUGUCUUUGAGCUCAUGGACACGGACCUCCACCAGGUUAUCAAGGCCAACGAUGACUUGACAAAGGAGCACUACCAGUUCUUUCUCUACCAGAUGCUCCGCGCGCUCAAAUACAUCCAUACUGCUAACGUUUAUCAUCGUGAUUUGAAGCCAAAAAACAUAUUGGCAAAUGCAAACUGCAAGCUCAAGAUAUGUGAUUUUGGACUAGCAAGAGUUGCAUUCAAUGACACCCCUACAACUGUUUUCUGGACGGACUAUGUUGCCACUAGGUGGUACAGAGCUCCGGAGCUCUGUGGUUCUUUCUUUACCAAGUAUUCACCGGCUAUUGAUACCUGGAGCAUUGGUUGCAUUUUUGCGGAGAUCUUGACAGGAAAGCCUUUGUUCCCUGGUAAAAAUGUGGUUCAGCAGUUGGAUAUGAUGACUGAUUUCUUAGGCUCGCCGUCGCCUGAGAUUAUUUCUCGGAUUCGAAAUGAAAAGGCAAGGAGGUACCUGAGCAGCAUGAGGAAGAAACUGCCAGUACCUUUUGCAGAGAAGUUCCCCAAGGCAGAUCCUGCAGCAGUCAAGCUCUUGCAAAAGCUUCUAGCAUUUGAUCCAAAGGACCGACCGACUGCUGAAGAGGCGUUGGCUGAUCCCUAUUUCAACGGCCUCGCGAAAGUGGAGAGAGAACCAUCAUGCCAACCGAUUUCGAAAAUGGAGUUUGAGUUUGAACGCAGAAAGUUUACCAGAGAGGACAUCAAGGAACUUAUAUUCAGGGAGAUAUUGGAGUACCACCCUCAGCUUCUCAAGGACUACACCAACGGCUCUGAAAAAACAAACUUUCUAUAUCCUAGUGCCGUGGACAACUUCCGGAGGCAAUUUGCGAACUUGGAGGAAGAUGGAGGAAAAGGCGGGGCACCCGAGAGGAAGCAUGUUUCUCUGCCGAGGACUACAACAGUUCACUCUACCCCAGUUCCUACAACAAAUGGUCCGGCCUACCAAGCUCCUCAAAGGAUUCCAACAGCUAGACCAGGCCGAGUGAUUGCCUCAGCGACACCGACCAAGAACGCGGCCUUCGCCGACCGACAAACGGGCCGAAGGAUGGCGAGGGACCCCGCGGCUCCCCCAGCAGCAGCGGCUGCCGGCUACCACCAGAGGCCGGACUGCUCCGACAGGCAACAGGAGGUGGAGAAGGACCGCGCGCACUACAGGCCGGCGCACCAUUUCAGGGACGCCAGGGUGGCGCCCGAGGCCGAGGCGCGGCCCUCGGCGUACCACAUUCCCCCGUUCAACGGCAUCGCCGCGGUCGCCGGCGGGUACAGCAAGGUCGGCGUGGCAGGAAGGAUGUACUAG